UAAUUGUGGUGAAGCUGCUCUUUCCAUAGCUCCGAGGGACAGGCUCACAGAUGGCAGGGGAUGUCACUUACGCGGCCGUGGCAAUGCUGCCGAGGGAAAGGCCACACACUCCUUCAGGAACAUCAAACCCAGGAAGCACGAUCACAUACGCUGAGCUGCACGUGAAGAGACCCCAUGGAAACAGCAGAGCAGAGACUUCCGCUCCUGACUGUCGGCACAGGUGCUCAGCCUGGUUCUAUGUGGCACUGGUCCUGGCAGUCCUUGUGCUCAUCCUACUGGGAGUCGUGGCCAUACAGGCCAAGCAAUUUUUGAAGGGCAGAGCGGGAAAAUCAGAAAGUUUGCCCCAGUAUGGUCUGAACACCAGCAGUGACAUUUCUUCAGAGAGGACUGUCUCAGCAGCACUCCUGAAAUGGCUCAUGGAGGAGCUGUGUGAAAAUGGACAGGGGACAACAUGUGAGUUGUGUCCCGCCGGGUGGCAGCUGCACAGGAGCAGAUGUUACUUCUUCUCUGAGGAGGCCAGGAGCUGGGAGGACAGCCAGAAAAACUGCCUGGCCAGGAAAUCCCAGCUGCUUGUCAUUGAGGAUGAAAUUGAGAUGGAAUUUAUAGACAACAAAGACAAAGAUACCAAAUAUAUUUGGAUUGGCUUGGACACUGAAGACAUGGAGAAAACAUGGAGUUCAGUGGAAGAUCACACAGUAAAAAAAAAGAGGACAGCUCUAAGAAGCAUCGAGGCUGACAAGAACUGUGCUGUCUAUAGAAGGAAAAAUGUAAUCCAGGCAGAUAACUGCCAGACAUUAAAGGAGUGGAUCUGUAAGAAGAACGCAACCUUGCUGGUGCUCUGAGCUGCAUUUCCAGACAACAGGCAGAGCUUCUUGUCAGAAGACCCAUUUUACAGACAAACCUACUUGUGGUGUAAAUAGUUUUGAUCAGACUUGCAGGGAAAUUUGCACUUUGCUGGGCUCUCUAAGAAGUCAGAAGACAGCUCCUGUAACAGGGCUGUAAACUGGCACAUGAGGAUUUUGGGGAGCUGAGCCUUCACACAGACAGAUUUUGGCAGCAGCUGCCUCAGGAAAGGUCAGAGGAGAAGAGAUACUUGUGAGGAGGAGCCCUGUGCACGUGAACUGUGUGAUGUGCAGGAAUUAUGGCCCCUGUGGGGGAUGAAGAGUGUGCUGGGCCCACUGCUGUCACCCCUGCCCGCAGACAGCUGCUGAACUGAGGACUUCUUAGUUGGGUUUCAGGAUUUUAGUGUUUUCUGAAGUCUGUGGGUUUGUUUUCUUUUCCUUGGGGUCUAACUGUGACUCACAGAAGCCACUUCAGGGCUGGAAAAAAAAUGCAUUUAUUGGACAGUGUCUUAUUUAAAGCUGCUGCAGAGCUACUGGGUGUAGACAGGAGACCAGGCAUGGAAUGACUUGUAACAAUCGUGGUUAAUCUGCUGAUUGCUCCCAUCUUCUUCUGGUGCUGAGCCUUGGAACCU